AUGGCAUUCAAUUCGGAUAACAAUGCUGCAGCUAUGGAAACCAAGAACUCAUUUCCCCUACCCCGAUAUAUAAGUGAUGGGACAUUUGUCUAUUUCGGACCAAAUUAUCAUCCCAGAACUGUGCAGGACGUACUUUAUGAUUUUAUUUCGGGAAUAUCAAGUGACUGUGAGAGUGACCUGGGAAAUGAUCUGUGUGAAAGUUUAUCCAAAUGCUGUGUAGUCGCUUCCAGUGGGAGUACCGACUCAACUAGUCAAUUUUUGAGUUCCUCAUCGCAUGUUAGGAAAGAAAAUGCGUUAGCUUCCAAAUUUUCCCAUGCCACUUUGAUAUCAAAGAACUGGCAAGAGUAUGCUGCAGAAAGAACUAACUCAGAUAAUGCUCGUAUCAGCGAUACCUCCCAAAGCCCGAUCACUAGCCUGGAUCGUCUGCCGGUAGAGAUGCUAUAUAAAAUUCUGCGUCACCUGAACAGGGACAGCCUUGAGCAGUUAUCUCGAGCCUACAACGGAAAUCCCAGAAUGAGCAAAUUGAUCUUUGAAUAUAUGUUUUCAAACCUCCCGGAAGAAGUUAAUUCCCUGGAAAUAACGGAGCAGGCAACUGUUGCUCCAUUUCUGAAGCCUGAUUACGUUCUGUAUCUAAACAAGUCAAUGCGAAUACAUGAAGUAUGUUUAUUUCCUAAAUCGCAGUUCAUAUUUGAUCUGGGUUCACCUGUGCGAUUCGGCUUACCUGGAGACAAGGCUUAUUAUUGUCCCUUAUAUUCCUGCACGGCAUCCAGGACAUCUAUAUACUGUUCAGACAUUCAUAAAACACUGUUACACGUUCUGACUGUUCUGAUAGAUCAAAGAAGAUUAUCUUCUUUCUUAUUACGAAAUAUUAAACUAACUCAAGAACUAGUAGCUGUUUUUGAACAAUGGCACUUAAAGAGCCGUGUUAGUGUGGAUAUGAUGAAAUUGCGUGAUUUAGAUUUGAGCGGCUAUUCGGAAUCGGUUUCUCGUCUUGUUGAAUGCUUUUCACCGAUAUCGUUCUUCUUCCAAAAUCCAAAAAUCUACGAACCUUCGCGUCUCAACGAAUUGUUCAGUAGAGCUUUCUUUAACAGACAUGCGUUCAGAAGAUGUAAGGAAGUAGAUAUAACCGAUUUGAAGUAUACGCUUCGCCAUGCUCUGUCAAUCCCUUUCGAGGAAUACAUUUUCGAAGGAUCUUGGAAGAUUCUCCACAUCCCCUACCAGAUUGAAAUAGAACAGACAACCCUCCUAAGAUUGCUGAAAGAACGCUUAUCCGGCCGGAAGACCUUCGCGAAGUUCUCCGUAGACACGAAAAAGAACUUCAGUUUCAUUGAACAUGCAAUUGGUGAUAUGAUUCUGACGGAGCAGUGGAAAGGCGAAGUGUUGAAACGUGAGCCUUAUACACUUUUCAAGUUGUAUGAUACGAACACUGAAGACUUCUAUGUGAAAAUCCGUACUUGUUAUUUCGCUAUUAGUCGUCGGGUAGUUCGUUUGCCAGAUUGGAUGUAA